UUCGCAACUCUCGAAGCUUCAUUUCGAAAGGCGACGUCAAGAAGUGGAAAGAAACUAUUCAAGGAGGUCGGAUCUAUCGUUUCAGAGGUCAGUCGACUCUAUGCCAGCAAGGUGAUAUGGUGAUUGCGUCAAGGAGUCUGCAGUGAGAUCCAAUUUGGGCGUGAGCAACUUCAAAAGGAGACGGGGCCGCCCUCUUUCGGACUUCUGUCAUGUCACGUGGUGUGUCUUCGCGCGCGCGCUCAUGAUGACCGUUUGAAUCUCCGCCACUUCACGUCUCAGCAACCAUAGGAGGAGAGAAGACAUGUCGAGUGGUCUUGGCAACAAGACGGGAGCGGCGGGUGGUGGUGCCGAGGUCGCGGAGACGCCGAUCUUGUGCGAGACGUGCUUAGGUCCGAACCCCUACGUUCGCAUGUCGAAACAGGCAUACGGCAAAGAGUGCAAGAUCUGCGACCGUCCGUUUACCGUCUUUCGCUGGAAUCCCGGCGCAGGAAUGCGGUUUAAAAAGACGGAGAUCUGCACCACCUGCGCAAAGAUCAAGAAUGUCUGUCAGACCUGCGUCCUCGACCUGCAGUACGGCCUGCCGGUGCAGGUCAGGGACACGGCACUGGGCCUCAAGAGCCAGGCCCCUUCUACGGAUAUCAACAAGCAAUACUUUAUCAAUCAUAUGGAGGAGAAGCUCGAAGGCAACGCGACGCUCGUCGACUCAUCCGCUGGUCCCUCUUCGCGCGCAGGUCAAGAGCUUCUCAAACGUCUCGCAAAGGAGCGUAAUGAUCCAAGUGGUGCAGAUCAAUACAAGCGGAACCGUCCACACCUGUGCUCCUUCUACGCAAAGGGCAACUGUACCCGAGGCGAUGCUUGCCCCUUCAGACACGAGCUCCCUACGGACAAUGAGCUGAGUCGGCAGAACAUCAAGGAUCGCUUCCACGGGCGCAAUGAUCCGGUGGCCAAGAAACUUCUGGGCGAGACGGCCAGGGCGAAAGGGUUGGAACCGCCUGAGGACAAGGAGGUCAUGAGCCUCUUUUUGACGGGGCUGGAACCGACGGUGGAGGAGGGCGAGAUUCGGACAUACUUUGUCACCAACGUGCCCGGCCUCACGUCGGAACAGAUCAAGAGCAUCACCGUCGUCAAGCCUUCGAAAUGCGCUUUUGUCAAUUUCCGGACAAGGAUGUCUGCCGAGCUCGCGGCACAACGGUGUGCCGUCAGCGUCGAGCUGGGUGGGAGCGAAGUCAAGGUGCAAUGGGGUCGUAGUCGGCCGAACAAGGGCAAGGCAAAAGUUUCCUCAGCACCGACGGCGUCGACGCAGGAGAAGGCCAGCGACUACGGUGUCGCAACUUGAUAGCUUGACCAGUGUACUUUUAUUUUCCCUCAUCAUUUCUUCUCAUCCCAUCAUUUCUCUGCCCGCAUUUGAGCUACGACCUGAGACGUCUCCUGGCCUGUAUCACUUUAGAAGGG